GUGGAGGGGACGGGUGAGUGGUGGUGGUGGGGGGAGUAGCGAGCGACGGAGUUGAGGGAGACGGCAUCAGGAGACGGCAUUGAGGACGUGAAGGAGUCUUUGUGUUUUUUUUUGUUUGUUUCGCUCAAACAUCUCGCCCCAACGUAGAAAUUUAAAAAAAGGUUUUAAAGGCCGGCGCGGACUCGCUUCCAUCUCCUUCACGGCAGGGCCCCUUUAUAACAUUUGCCACAGGCCCCCACUCGCUUAAUCCGGCACUUGGGAGGCCCCCAGGGACCGGUUCUUGCAGCCGGGUGGGUCCCCGCUGUUGGCCCUGAAGGCGACUUCGAGUGGCCGGAUUUCCGAACCGCCGCCCGGGGAGAUGAAGCUCAACAAGCGGUGCCUGACGUACUACGCCAACUGCGACUCGCCCGUCGACCGUCAGGGCUACCUGCGCAAGAAGGGCGAGGUCCACACGUCCUACCAGCGCCGCUGGUUCGUGCUCAAGGGCAACCUGCUCUUCUACUUCGAGGCGCAAGGCGACCGCGAGCCGCUGGGCGUCGUGGUGCUCGAGGGCUGCAUGGUCGAGCUGUGCGAUGCCGCCUCCACGGACUUCGCCUUCGCGCUGCGCUUCGAGGGCGCCGGCUCGCGCACCUACACGCUGGCGGCGGGCGACCAGGACGAGCUGAAGGCGUGGGUGCGCGCGCUCACCACCGCCAACCACGGCUACAUGCGCACGCUGGCGUCCGAGCUGGAGCAGCAGUACCUGCUGCUCGUGGGGCUUGAGGGGGCCGACCCCACGUUGCUCGAGGAUCAGGGGCCGGCGGUGAAGCUGGAGAGAACCAGGAAGGUCAACGGGCCACUGAAGGGCAGGUACAGCAGCGUGCCAUGGGACACUGACGCCGCCAACGCCCGACCUCGGGCCUCCACGGAGGCGCCGCCGCCCCCCGCUAAGCACACGCCCCGCCGGUCGCAUACGGUGAAGGCCCCCGGCAACGACGACACUUCAUCGCGUCCCCUGCAGCUGCCCCCCUCGCCGAGCCUGCUCCCGUCUGCCUCGUGCCACAACCUCAGGAACGGUUUGCUGCCCAUCAGCUCCGCUGCGGGCGGCGACGAAGCCGCCGAUUCGUCGGGCCCCGAGGCCCAGCCAAAUUUCCUGCGGCUACACCAGCAGUACGGCGCCGCCGUGUGCCAGCUCAGGGAGCAGUGGAAGCACAGCCUCGCCAGCGACGCUCGGGUCGGCCCGCCGCCGCCGCCGACCCAGUGAUCGCGAAAGCCUCGAAUCGUGAGCGUUGAUUGCGCGCGCGCUAAACUCUCAAGGAGCUCGCCGCAGUGGGAAGUCGCGCAGCGCACUGCUCGGCACCGAUAGCCUACGUCCCUCCAUCUUUCAGGUCAGCAAAUCUGUGGGACUGUGAACGACCGCGUGAAGAUUGCCCGCCGUCUCUUUUUAUUCUUAUUUUUGUUUGUUAAAACGUGGUAACUGUCGGGUGAGCUGUGGUCAUUUGUUUUUAUGUCACUGUAAUGGUAUCCGAAUUUGGCCAGGGACUUCCUUGGAUACAAGUUAAGAAUAGAAUGUGCGCCUGUGUCCCUGCGCUGUUGAAAUCCCAGAGCCUUUCUAGUACGCGGGUAUUAAGUUUGUGCCCAAAUAAACGAUGGCACUUUAUCCGGGCGCUUUAUCCGGGCGUGGGUGCGAACCCUCCGCCCCCCCCCCCCCCCUCAAGCACAGGGAGUUUAACUGUAACGUCGCAGUGCAGUCCCUUUGGUUUCGCGGUGCCAGUGCUGUUUUUGGCUGAGAUAGCUCUGUGACGUCCUCUUCCAUGGGCCCCGAUGUCAGACACGAAUAAUUGCACUGUUUGACGAGAGACGAGAACACGUUUACUUGGUUCUCACGAUGUGAUGACGACAGCACAAUUGAUCUAACAUUUUGGUGGGAACGAGAUUGCCCCGAAGGCUCACUUGUUGUUCUACUUGCUAUCUACAAGAGAGCCCUAAUGAGCACCCAGUAAGAAUCAUGUAUCAUUUCCAUGCAACAGGAUUAAUUAAUAAUUUAAUAUAGAUGUACGGGACGAUGCAUUUAUAUUAUAAUGGUGAAUGCAUAUGGUAAAACAAAACUCAACACAUUAGUCAAUAACAUUGUGGCCUUAAAAGGAAAAAAAUAUAUCUAUAAUGGGCGGCGUUUUGAGCAAUAGCUCUUCUUUAUAGCACAAGAAGGAGCAUUUCCAGAAAUGUCACGUAUAUUUUUCCUUUAUAAGUCCACAGUGUUAUUGACGAAUAUUUGUUUUGUUGUUUUUAUUUGUGCUUGAGUGCCUCUGCCAACGCAUUAGCAGCAUCGCCAAAUAAUUUGUUCAAUAACUCACCGGGAGCAAUCCCCGUCACCUUGACUUUUAAUGCUUUUAUUCCCACUAACGAAGCCUUAAAAUGUAUGUCCCCGAAUAAUGUGUUACAUUGGAGAUCACCAAAGAGACUAGUCCAGUCUCGCCGUCGUCAGCUGUGUUUCCAACAUUGUAUUUAUAUUUCACCUGCCAAGCAUAUUAUCCUUUCCACCAGUUUUCUCAAAUGUUUUGCACAAUAUAUAUAAAAAAAAAGAUUUCUUACACAAAACUAGUGCUACGUUUGGCAUAUUUAUCGUUAAACAAUAUUCUGCAAUCAUUUUAAUGUGUUUCCAAAAUGAAUUACAUGCUUGGGACACAUUUCAAUAUUUACUACUUGCACAAUUAUUUGCAGGAACACAGCUGAUGUUGAUUCCACAGCGAGAGUGGCAGAUAAAUAAGCGUGACUGGAUUUUCCAUUUGCUCGGUCACACCAUAGUGACCUUAUUACAGUUAAUUCAAGGAAACUCCUGAGAAUCGACCGAUGUGAACUAAGCGUGGCAAGUUACAAGCGAGUGGCGAGUUUGUGAUUUUGGCUAUGACACCAGUGUGCUGCGAACCUACCUUUGUGAAUGUUAACUUCACAGGGUCUUCAUUUUCACAACCUUCGUCGUAACAGCACUUUGGAUUCACCCAUUUUUAUCUUCUUCAAUAUGUUUUAUCGUUUUCCAAUCUCUCAGUCCCCAUGACAAGACCACCGCAUGCCUUUUAAUGGUUAUGUAAUGACAAAUUGUGUUUGAAGCGAUGAUAAUGCACUGCACUUGCCUGAUGAUUGCUAAGCAUUUGAAUAUCACGUGACACAUCCUUGAUUUGAAUCGGUGCUCUGUACGUUAUGCGAGAGAUGUGCCUGGCAAUCGUUAGGCACGUGCAGCGUGUAACUAACUUGCAUGUGAAACGAACGUAAGAUUGGCAAAUACGGAGAGGCAUACCGUAAUGGGUCACGAGGACGGGAGUUUAGGAAAACUGAUGUAGAUGAACAUUUGGAGUUCGGAGUUGAGGACAAUGAAUUCAGGUUCUGCUUGAACGUAACAAAGGAGGUAUCGCCCGAUUUUGCGGGUAGGUACGGAUUCGAUCACGAGUCUUAUGGGAGAGACCACACAAGGGAGUCGAACAUGCUUCCUCUCAGGUACGAGCUGGGGGAGCUGUAAUUCAGUGCUGUCUAGAAUACAGUUGCAAGUGGUGAAUGCAGUACCCCUGUAUCACACAAAUACAUAGAGGCACUGCUAGUUUUUUUUUUCUACCCAGGGUAGGCAAUGUAAAUAAAGGCCCGAAACUCAUUGUCAAUCCGCUGCUGAAGAGGGAGGUCUUCCCACGCCAUGUUGAUCAUAAGGGUUGUUUGGUCACACGUCACUGUGCUGGCCAUUGCCAUUAUAAAUGGAGGUAUCACACUUGCUGAAUUACAUUUUCAAAGGCGCGUGCGGUGUACCGUAUAUAAUCUCAUUCGAAGUGCGGACACGUCUAGAGUCUAUAAGGUGUGUUGGGGAAAGUCGUGGAGGUACAUGUACAAUUGAAUGGACACUACAUUUAUGUUUACAUUGUCUUGAGGUAUUCAAUGAAAGUGCAUACACACACAUGGCAGAGAAACUGGAGAAUGAGCUGAAGGUAUUCAUUGUGUUUGGUAUUUUAAUGCCUCCAUGUCGCUGCAUUGUUAUUGUUUGUUUACAUGACAAACCUUACCAAUUGGCUGUGUCGGGUGGUGGCAGGUAUAACGACACAUUUAUCUGAUCUGACAAAAAAACUGAUGGUUAUUGCCAGACGUCUAAAAUGCCUCAUCCAACCAGUUUUGACAACUCCACGUGUGUGUGUGUGUGACAUUUCCUUUAUUUGCGUUUGUGAUGGGGUGAUGUAAAAAUUGUGUAUUGCACUACAACUCUGGCUGUCCGGCUUCGAGCUAACUGGAUCCUUCACGUGACGUUGGUACAUGGCGUCUGAACCUGCCUCGGUCGGGCCUGACCUUGCGAGUCUCAAAAUGUUAUGGCGAGAGCCUUGUGCGGUUUAUGACCUCGCCAGAGUGCUCCCGUGUGCAUGAAGCUGCCCGCGUGGAACUUGCCCCAAAAAUGGGUUUUGCACACCGAAUGAGGUAUGUUAUUGUCUAUGUUGCAAAGCACAUGCCCUGGGUCUGGCAUGUUUAAAUACUCCUUGUGCCUGCUCGGUUUAAUUUGUGUGAAAAAUUUUCAGAGGAAACUCGUUUCUCAGUUUCAUUUACAAUGCCGAACAUAGGCCCGUGACGAUGAAUCAAUUUAUCAUGGAAUUUCACGCUCUCACAAUGCACGCGUUGAAUGGUGCGUGUAAAAAAAUAGUUCGUGCAAACUUUAAUAAAUUGUAUGCAAAUGUGACUUCAAGGUGAAUGGAAUUAAGACGGCAGAACAUACAAAGUUGACGAUGUAAAAUAGACAGAAAAGACUCAAUUGUAACCCCAGAAUUCUUCCGGGGGGAAGUGAUGAAUUAUUACACUUCUACAUAAAUGUGUAUUUUUAGAAUGAAACUUCCCACAGGUUAUGAAUGCCUUAAAAGUGAUGUUCCUUUACCAGCAAUAUCUUUGCAGGUGCUUAGCCUGCUGGCCUCAAUGUCAGGGUUGGUUUUUAUUAUUGGCUGGGGUUUGCAAGCCGGAAAUGCAAAUAGCGUCUCGCGUUUUCAUUACUUUAGAUCAAAUUAUUGCCGUGUUUAAUAAUGUUAUAUUGUUUUAGUGUAGCGUGCGCGUGUUUGUGUGUUUAAUGAAGAACAGUGCGAGUCAUCUUGAAUUUCGCUUCGCUUCUCUUUUUGUUGUUGCGUAACUGCUGUCCAACGGCAUGUUCGGGGUGCGUGUCCCCCUCCACGCCGCUGGCUCGUACGAACACGUAACUCGCAAUGUACGCGCAUGGUCCUUUGUUAAUCCGCUGUUGGGUGAUGACCUCCCCAACGCCUCGCGGGUCACAGGGAUAAUUUGACCGUACUUAAACUAAACUUUUUUUAUUUGACCAGGUAAGGCCCACUAAUCUACGUAGCUCUUUUUUCCCGAAGCGACCUGGCCACAUAUGAUAACUCGACGAAGUGGCCUAUCCUGUGGAAAUGUAUAAGUGGCGGGGAAAACUGGAGGACCCGGAGGAAAAUCCACGCGACCGCGGGGAGAACAUGCAAGCUCCAAAUAUUCAGGCGUCCGAGUCGGAAUCGAACACACGACCUCCUGCAUACCAGGCGAGGAUGUUAACACCGUGGCGCCUACUGACGAGAUGGCGCUGUCAAAAUACACACACUUCGUUAAAUGUUAAACCAGUCGCGGUGUUGGUGAUGAGUAUCAACAGUAUGAAAGCAGGGGUGCCUUGUGCUGUGAAACACAAGCUGUGUUUGUAAAUAUGGACAGAAGAAAUCUGUAAUCCCAAUCACAACACGAAAUUAAGCCCGUUAUUCGCCAGACUCUUGAGUCCAUUCUAAUUACACUUAUAGCAGCAUUACAAUUAUGUGAAAUUAAUUCAUAAUGGAAUGACACAAUUACGAUAGUAAUUGAUCCUAGAUCUGGCCUUUUUAACUGUGUAAUAUUACUGAGUUCAGUUGUCUGUCAGUGAUGCGAGCAUUGUGUUUGGUAAAAAAAAAACAUUCGUAUUUGUGACUGAAACUUCAAAUGAGCAAAUUGUCAUUGGUGUCAUCGGAUGCUCACAUGUCACUUUUUCAUUUUUAAUUAAAGAAAGAUAAGUUUUAUAUUUUUA